AUGCCUAACAGCACACCCAGGAAAAAUAAACAUCUUACAAAAGAAACAAAAAGCAGAAUAUAUAAAACAACACUUAGACCUAUAAUGAUAUACAUAGCAGAGACAAGACCCGAUACAAAAAGACUACUAGAGACAACGGAAAUGAAAGUGCUCAGGAAAAUAGCAAGGAAAAUAUUUUUAGACAGAGAAAGAACUGAAAAUAUGAGAAAUAUGUGCAAGGUAGGAAAUGUAAUUGACUGGGUGCUAAAACGAAAACAAGAAUGGAAUAGUCACAUUAGCAGAAUGACAAGCGAAAGACUAGUGCGUAUCGCAAGGGAUAUAUCGCUAAGAGGCAGAAGAAGUAUUGGUCUACCGAGAAAGAGAUGGUGUUACAAUCUGGAUCCAGGAGACUGA